AUGGCUUUGCUCUCUCCGCCUCCCGAAUACAUCGACGAGCGCCUCUCCCUGUAUGCUAAGCUAAAAGCCGAGCACGACGCCCUGAUAGCGGCGCGAGCAGCUAGCGAGAGCAAAGCCAUAAAGGUCACUCUGCCGGACGGGAAAGUGGUGGACGCUGAAUCCUGGAAGAGCAGUCCGUACCAGAUCGCGUGUGGGAUCAGCCAAGGCCUUGCUGACAACACGGUGAUCGCCAAAGUCAACAAUGUGGUGUGGGACCUGGACAGGCCUCUGGAGGAAGACUGCAGCUUACAACUGCUCAAGUUUGACGACGAAGAAGCUCAAGCUGUUUACUGGCAUUCCAGCGCCCACAUUCUGGGUGAAGCCAUGGAGCGAGUGUACGGCGGCUGUCUCUGCUACGGGCCUCCCAUCGAGAGCGGCUUCUACUACGACAUGUUCCUGGAGAAUGAAGGAGUCUCCAGCAACGACUUCCCCGGCUUGGAAACCCUGUGCAAGAAAAUUAUCAAAGAGAAGCAGCCGUUUGAGCGACUGGAGAUCAAGAAGGAGACGCUGCUGGAAAUGUUUAAGUACAACAAGUUCAAGUGCAGGAUCCUCAAUGAGAAGGUCACCACUCCCACCACCACGGUCUACAGAUGUGGUCCUUUGAUUGACUUGUGCCGAGGCCCUCACGUUCGACACACUGGGAAAAUCAAGGCCCUGAAGAUCCACAAGAAUUCGUCCACAUACUGGGAGGGAAAGGCAGACAUGGAAACUCUCCAGAGGAUCUACGGCAUCUCCUUCCCCGACCCCAAAAUGCUGAAAGAGUGGGAGAAGUUCCAGGAGGAGGCCAAGAACAGAGACCACAGGAAACUGGGCCGGGAGCAGGACCUGUUCUUCUUCCACGACCUGAGCCCCGGCAGCUGCUUCUUCCUGCCCAAAGGAGCCUACAUCUACAACACGCUGGUGGGCUUCAUCCGGAGCGAGUACAGAAAGAGGGGCUUCCAGGAGGUGGUGACCCCAAACAUCUACAACAGCAAACUGUGGCAGACGUCCGGCCACUGGCAGCACUACAGCGAGAACAUGUUUUCCUUCGAGGCGGAGAAAGAGACGUUCGCCCUUAAACCCAUGAACUGCCCCGGACACUGCUUGAUGUUUGACCACCGGCCUCGCUCCUGGAGAGAGCUGCCCAUACGCAUGGCGGACUUCGGCGUGCUGCACCGGAACGAGCUCUCGGGGGCGCUCACGGGCCUCACCAGAGUGCGACGCUUCCAGCAGGACGACGCCCACAUCUUCUGCUCCAUGGACCAGAUCGAGGAGGAGAUCAAAGGCUGCCUGGACUUCCUGCGCACGGUCUACAACGUGUUUGGAUUCACCUUCAAACUCAAUCUUUCCACGCGGCCGGAGAAGUUCCUGGGAGAGCCUCAAAUCUGGGACCAGGCCGAGAAGCAACUUGAAAACAGCCUGAACGAGUUUGGAGAGAAGUGGGUGCUGAACCCCGGAGACGGAGCGUUCUACGGGCCAAAGAUUGACAUCCAGAUCAAGGACGCCAUCGGUCGAUACCAUCAGUGUGCCACCAUCCAGCUGGACUUCCAACUGCCCAUCCGCUUCAACCUGUCCUUCGUCAGCCACGAUGGAGAUGACAAGAAGCGGCCGGUCAUCAUCCACAGAGCCAUCCUGGGCUCAGUGGAGAGAAUGAUCGCCAUCCUGACCGAGAACUACGGAGGGAAGUGGCCGCUGUGGCUCUCCCCUCGACAGGUGAUGCUGGUACCAGUGGGACCCACCUGUGAGGAGUACGCCCAGAAGGUGCGGCAGGAGUUCCACGCCGCAGGCUUCAUGAGCGACGUGGACCUGGACCCCGGAUGCACUCUGAACAAGAAGAUCCGGAACGCACAGUUGGCCCAGUACAACUUCAUCCUGGUGGUGGGAGAGAAGGAGAAGACCAGCAACACGGUGAAUGUCCGCACGCGAGACAACAAGGUGCACGGCGAGCGCAGCGUGGCGGACUGCGUGGAGCGGCUGCAGCAGCUCAAAGCCACGCGCAGUCGGAACGCCGAGGAGGAAUUCUGA